AUGGGUUGGUUCAGAGUGGGGUUUAGGGUGAUUUCUGCGCUUUGCUUGGUGGUCUGUGUGGGUGGGAUUGGUGCUAACUGGGGGACGCAGGCGAGCCACCCUCUACCACCACAGACAGUGGUUCAAAUGCUCAAGAACAAUGGGUUUCAGAAGGUGAAGCUGUUUGAUGCUGGUGAGGGGACAAUGAGUGCACUGAGAAAGAGUGGGUUGGAGGUGAUGGUUGGCAUCCCUAAUGACAUGCUUGCAAUGCUGGCCACCAGCAUGAAAGCAGCACAGAACUGGGUAUCCAGGAAUGUCUCUGAACACAUCUAUGGUAGAGUGCACAUCAGUUACCUGAAGAAUUGCUCUGUCAAAAGGUAUGUCGCAGUUGGAAAUGAACCUUUCUCGGAAACAGACAAUGGGAGCUUUCUGCAAACUACAUUCCCAGCCCUCCAAAACAUUCAAGGAGCUCUCAUCAAGGCUGGUCUGAGUAGCCAGGUCAAAGUCACUAUCCCUCUCAAUGCUGAUGUUUACCGAUCAUCAAGUGGCAGACCAUCCGAUGGGGAUUUCCGAGCUGACAUCCAUGAUCUCGUGCUUUCUAUCGUGAAGUUCCUUAGCGACAAUGCAGCUCCCUUCACUGUCAACAUUUACCUGUUCAUCAGCCUCUACGGUGAUCCAAACUUUCCAGUGGAUUAUGCUUUCUUUGAGGGAAAGUCUGUGCCUGUUAUUGACGGUACAACUAACUACACCAACAUGUUCGACGCAAACCAUGAUACUCUCAUUUGGGCCCUGAAGAAGAAUGGAUACCGAGAUCUCCCUAUAAUUGUUGGUGAGAUUGGCUGGCCAACUGAUGGUGAUAUGAAUGCAAACACUCAGUAUGCUCAACGAUUUAAUCAGGGAUUCAUGAACCACAUCUUGAUCAAUGAGGAUGAAAAGAGCAUCCUUUUCAGCUUGAUCAAUGAGGAUGAAAUUUCAAGCGGCACAGAAUGUUCAGUAAUCUCGACAAGAAAUGGUGCGUCCUCAAGCCUUCAGUCAGCCAGCCUCGACGAUUCAAGGAUCGCUCCAAGUGCAAGCUAUGCUUGUGCCAAUGCUGACUGCACGAGCCUUGGUGAUCUGGAUGUACGAGGCAACGUUAAAUAUGCAUUCAAUAGCUACUACCAGAAGAAUGACCAAGACAGAAAGAAACAAAUAUCAGCAAUACCAAAUUACCAAACAAGACGGUGACAAUGAGAAUUAAGUUUCCAGAGACAGAAACAACUGUGUUCAUUAUGCUACUUUUAAUAUCAGCAAUAAUGUUGUGCAGAUGUUUUGCGAGUGAUGAUUAGUUCACAAGUACAUGACAGAGGCUUGAGAUAACCUCACAGCUAAUAUAUGUUCAUGCGCUAAGAUAGGUAGAUUCUUCUGUACGUUGUAAUACAGACAUUAGGAUACUAACAACGUACAAGGAUUUAACUGCAGCAAGAAAAGAGAUCAACAUCGGCAAGAUACCGUUAACAAGGGACGCACCAUCUACUGCCAAGGCUGCAGUAGAAAUUUAUC